UGGUUGCAAUGGUUGGUUGUUUGAGACCAUAGAUUAUUAACAUUAGCAAAGAGAAUGAAUUCCGCUUCCGUUUGUUGCAGGAUUGUGGAGUGUGGUGUGGUGAAAGCUUAUAAUGAGUUCUAAGGUUUCUCGUGAUACACUCUAUGAGUGCAUAGGUGCUGUUUUGAAGAAUUCCCAGCAGAAGAAGAGAGACUUUUUGGAGACUGUUGAAAUUCAAAUUGGCUUGAAGAACUAUGAUCCCCAAAAAGAUAAGCGUUUCUCAGGCACAGUCAAGUUAAAACAUAUUCCACGGCCAAAAAUGCAAGUAUGCAUUCUUGGAGACCAGCAGCAUUGUGAUGAAGCUAAGGCCAACAAUGUACCAUACAUGGAUGUGGAAGCCCUGAAAAAGCUGAAUAAAAAUAAGAAAUGGGUUAAGAAACUGGCGAAGAAAUAUGAUGCAUUCCUGGCAAGUGAAGCAUUGAUCAAGCAAAUCCCUCGUCUUCUGGGCCCUGGUCUAAAUAAAGCCGGCAAGUUUCCUGGGCUUCUGUCACAUCAGGAAGCUAUGAUGGCUAAGAUAGAUGAAGUGAAAGCUACCAUAAAAUUCCAAAUGAAGAAGGUUCUAUGUCUGUCUGUCGCUGUUGGCCAUGUGGGUAUGACAGAAGAUGAGUUGGUGCAGAAUGUUCACCUCUCAGUGAAUUUCUUGGUAUCUUUACUUAAGAAACAUUGGCAGAAUGUACGUUCACUGCAUGUGAAGUCCACAAUGGGACCACCUCAGAGGUUGUAUUAAACUGUACUGUAUUAUUUAGCAGAGGGCUGUUAAAUAAAGAUAACGAACACCUUUUUAA